AGUGCAGAAGCGAGCAAGCAAUAACAAAGCAAGGAAGGAGAAAGAAGUAUCCUGAAGCAAGAUAGGCUUGCUUGUCUUGUCUGUCUUGUUCAGUCAGACGAGUCUUGAAAAGUUGGUUUUACGGAUACGGUGUUGUGUUAAAAUAUUUUCUCCUGUCGAAUUUCAACAGUGAACAAAGCCCUGACAUACAUCGUAAUGGCACAUCUCGUUAUUAUUUACAGGAACCCGUAGGAAUAUAUCGGGUUAUGCGUUUUUAAUAAGCAAAACCUCCCUUCAACAUGAGCAAUUGGGCCAGGAGGAUGCACCGCCGAGCAGCUACAUUGAGCAAUGUGGUUACCUCUUGUGGUCAUCCAAACACCCUGCCUUACCCUCGAAGAUUAGAAAAAGUGAAAUUCGGAGCACCCUUGCAAGAAGUUUGCAAAGAUGACAUACCCGGGCCAUUGCUUGUAUUGAUACUGAAGUUGAAUAAGGAGGCUCCACUUCGCCGCGACGUGUUCCGUGCACCAGGUCAUCAGGGUGCCAUGAAGAAGCUCAUACAUUUCCUUCAGACUGGCAGGCUAGUCAAUGUGGAUAACUACUCAGUUUACACUAUUGCUAGUGUGUUGAAGAAAUUUCUCAGGAAAAUCCCAGGAGGUGUGUUUGGGCGAGAUGGGGAAAUGCAGUUGUUCUCCGCAGUGGAGCUCCCUGAUGAUCAGCAGGUGCAUGAAAUUCGCAGACUUCUCUUGUCGCUGCCGGUGUGCACGCAAAGACUGCUGGUGUUACUGUUUGGCACGUUUCGUGUCAUGGCCUCCAACGCUGACAAAGCAGGAACAGGAAUGACAUCUGAAGCGCUGGGAGUGUCCGUCGCUCCAUCGUUCUUCCACUCUUGCGUGUCGGACGGCAAAACGGCCACUAUGGAGGAUGUCCAACGGUUCAAGGCAGAAGUGAGCGUGGCGACCCGUAUAAUGCGCCAAUUGAUCGAGCAGUUUAGUGCGGGGGAUCUAUUUGGUCGCGAAAAUUAUGAGUACUACGCGCGGGUGACGGGGCGCAUUCUGCGGGUAAAGGACGAGUGGAUCUGCUCCUUUAGAGACCCGCCGCCGCCGCGACACCACCGCGACCAGGAGGCCUAUGCUAGACAAUUAUCGUUGGAAGCCGAGAAAACUUGGCUGCAGUGCGAGUGUGACCGUUGGGGAAACAAAUUCAAUUUAGAAGGUCUAACGAAAUCGGAGGAGUGUCAGUCGAUGCCGGCGCUGCUGGGCGGCGCGGGCGCGGGCGCGGGCGCCGGGCUCGGCCUGGGCGUCAUCCCCGAGCACAGCCUGCUCGACUCCUGCACGCGCCUCUCCAUAUCGCUCGAGGAGAGCGUCUUCAAGGUAUCCGUGAGUUCGUCUUCGCAGUCGUCCCGCAGCAACUCGAGUCCACACAUGACCCUGGAGGAACUCCGAGCCAUCAACAAGUACGCGGAAAGCACCAAGAGCCUCUCCUAUCUCCCUCAGACAUCGAAUGAGCACAACUGGGUGUCUUGGACAACACUAAGGCUUCAGCUGCACCUAUCGAUGCUAAACACGCAUCAAUGCAAAUUAUCGUCGGUGCACGAGCGGCAGCGCGCGCGCAUGCGCACGCGCUCGGAGUGGUUCCUGCAGACCGCCAGCUCGCUGGACACGGGCCGGCCGCGCGCCGGUGGCGAGCGGCGCAGUUCUCGGCGGCGCUCGCGGCGCGCGCGCGUGUGCGGCGGCGGCGCCUGCCGCGCCCUCACUCACUCCGACACUGAGAUCCCGCUCGCUCUCCAGCCUCGUAAAGUGACCGCUUGACACGACGCCGCCUCACACGACUGCUCCUGUCUGCGGUGCCCGGCCUAGUACCCUAUCCCUUCUAUCGAGUUAUUAAUUUAGCUUCUACGGAUUUGUUUUAUUUUUACAUGUCAAAUAUGGCCGAAAAUUGGAUGAUACUGGUUUUUCAUCUAGCUAUUCAUUAGUGGCACGCAGUUUUAGUACCGUUUUUCAUACAUACAUAUUAUGAUUCUUAUUUACUCAAAUUAUUCUACGGCCUAUUCACCUUCAUAUUGAGCCUUUACACCAGUUAAGAUGGGAAAAAUACUCCAUCCUUCAGUCAUUUCAAAAGCCAUCAAGCAUCUUAAGAGAAUCGAGAUGAAGUGAUCGAUAGUUAUAAUUCAAGGCCAUAGACCUUCAGGUAUAUAAGUAUGAUUGAAUAGUGUUAGCAGAAAUAGGAUAUAGAAAAAUAAUAAUAAAAUAGCAUUUUAAUCUUACGUCAAAUUAUACUCCAGAUUCAAUGGAAUAGCUUAUACUGUACUAUAUAUACUGUACUAUAUGAGAUGUGCUAUUUGUACCAUCACUUUGUCUCGUUUCUCAUAUCUAUUUGUUAAACAAAAUUGUCAGGCCCUAACUGGUAGCCAGAUUGUAACCCGUAACAAAGAUAGUACUGUAUGUAUAUCAGAAUUAAUUAUGUACCUGUCUAAAUAAUUUGAUUAUAGUAAUAACGACUCGUAAAAUCUACGACACAUGAAAUUAUUUGCCUAAAUAUAGUCCUAUGCCUAAUCGUGUAAGAUCUUAAAAUAUCUCAUUAAGAAUCUUUUUUAAUUCAAAUUUAUCCAGUUUAAUGUUUGGUAUAGAAUACGUUUUCUAGUGGUGUAGAUGACCUUAACUAGUGUUAAAAUUUCAGAGAAUUGUAACGAAAAAUUAUUAUUUAUUAACAAGUCAUCUAAACUAUUUGUUUGAAUAUUUUCGCCUAUAGAGGGGUUUAAUAUUAAGAAAUGAGCCUAAAUAAUAUUUUAUUAAAUCAUUAUCCUUGCAAUUAUUUUAAUACAUCAAAUAAGAUGUGGUUGCGUACCUUUAAUUCGCAUAUUGUUCUAAUAAUAUAGGUGUUUUUGAAAUUAAAGGUGCUUUCUCAAAUUCCACGAAAUGUUGAUUGAGAUUUUAGAAGAGACACUAUUCGAUCGAAAAUAGCCAUUUUCCAACCAACGAAAGACUAACGAUAAUAAUUUGAGCUCUCUAUUUUGGUAGUCACAAGAUCAGAACUUUAUUAGAAAUUUAUUAUUAUCCUUCAUUACAAACCGUUGUCAUUGAAGGAAAUUAAAAUAAUCUUAAGCUGUUAUAAAUAGACCUGAGUAUUGGCAAAGUAGAUAAUAGUCCAACCGAUUGCGAAGAAUAUAUGGUAUGUACCUAUACUUUAUAAAGAAAAAUUGUGUGCCAUGAAGUCGCUGUUUAAAUAGUGCUUGUGUGCGUUACACGAAUAUAUAGAUAAUAUUAACGAAAAAUUAGAUUAAUUUGCAAUGAGCAUCUAUGAAUAGAGUUUUGUUGUUAUCAGGUGUUUACUUUGAACUUGUACCGUUCGUUCAGUUACUAUUUUGAUAGCUACAUACAUAGUUGUCAAAUUGAUCCUAUAUGCGGUUGGUCAAAUAAUAUUACUGAUUAUCUAUCUAUAUUAACGUUAUGCCUAAUUCGACGUUUCUUGUAUGGAUAUAGGUAUUCGCCUUAGCUAGCGAGAGGUAACUAAUUUGAAGUGUGAAUGGACUGUUUAUUAGAAGACGCUCAAAUCAAAUAACUACACUAGGAGCCUAAAACAUCAAACGUGCAAGUAGUGCGACUGAAUACAUUCCUGUAUAUAAUUAUCUAGUUAGCUUAAUUGUUUUAUAUAACGAAUUAGUUUUUAAUUUACUAUGGAUAGUCGUCUUAUUUUAUUAGAACAUUCUUAUAUUCUUAUUCCGAUUCCAUCUGGGAUGAGAAACUUGCAUUUCCUUCUACCUCAUUCUAUCAUCGCUCACACUUCACGGACAUCAUCACUAAGCCAAAUCACAUUUUCUAUAGUUUUAUAUAUCUAUUUUAGGUCUUUCGCCAAAAUUUGGUACAAUUUAAGACUGAAAUAUAUUUCGUAUUUUUUUCUGAACGUAGAAGAAAACUGAAAGUUGAUUCAAAACAUUACGAUCAAAUGUUGCAAUAACUAUGUUUCUAUUACAUCAUUGAGUUACACAAGUUUACUUUUCAUAUUAAUAAAGGUUUUGGAGCGUAUUUUGUAGGUGCUAGAGAAAUCUUUAAAAAAGUUCUUUCCUAAUAACUUUGUUGUUGGAAUCCUGUUAUUUGUAUCUUGACAGAUAUUUUGUUACAAAAUUAACUGUAAAUGUGUUUGGAAAUAAUCGUUGUACACGUCAUAUUAUUAUGCACAUUUGUACGCACAUCGUUUUCAAUAAUCCCUGUUUGUGUAAUCAUAUGUUUAAGACUGUUUUAGAUUAUAAUCAAUACAAUGCAAGUCGAUUGUAUACAUAACCGAAUUGCGGCUUAAGUGGUGAGAUGUUAGUUAGGCAGCUCAAUAGUUUUUUAAAACGUAUUGGUAAAUGCUGCUUUAGAAGCCCACAUGCGGCCGUAUGAUGUAACUAACUGUACUAAUUAGUAUUAUAGUAUGAUCAUUGUAUUGUUAGGAUAUAUUUACGGCUUGUACCAUUUCCUCAUUAUUCAUAUUAUAUUGCAGUUAAUUACUUUUAAGUACAUAAAUAAAUAAAAGAAGAUAAUUUUUUUACAAGAAAUAUAGGUUAGGGCUGGUACAAGUUGUAAAUAGUUGGAAGAUUUAGAUCUUCAAGUGACAUUUCAAAGCGAACUGAAAUACAAGCGAUAUAAUAUUAGAGAAUGUGUAAACGAUACCUGGCUUGCAUUUCUUGGAUUAGCUUGUCCAAGUCCCUGUGUUCAUUGGUUAGCAAUAGGGUAAAUGAAUGUAGUAUAUAAUAUUAAAAUAAGAUAUUUUGGACGUCGGGAAAUUUGCUGUUUUUGCAAAGGACGAGAUUUGCACAGUAAAAGUAGUUUAAAGCGAUAUUUUUUUCAGUGAACGAAAUUACAGAAUUCAUUUGCGUGAACCGUUUCUAAGGAAAUGGAUUUCAUGCAAAUGUGGAUUGUGGUGAUUUCUUUAUGUAAAAAAUAUGUUUCCAGAACGCUUGCUACCGACGUCCGAGAUGCGACAGCAGCGAAUGGUAUUUUUUUGUAAACUGUUAACUUUUAGUCGUAUUUCAUAGUUUCUUAUUCAAGUGCGUCCUAUAUUUUUUAAAUAAAUUAACGUUUUUGAAGUUUCAUAUUAACUACGAGUAUAACUUUUUGUACAAUAAAAUAUAAGUUGCUGUAAUGUUUAGAUAGAAUAUUUUUAAUUUUGUAAGACUGUUCGUAUGUUUAUUAUUAUUUAUUACUAAAACUCGAAUACAUCACAUACUUAUCCAUUCCACCGACUUAAAUAUUUAUCAAUACCAGAUGCAUUUGAGUAUUAUUUUCUUUGAUAAAAUUUUAUUAUAUUAUUAACAAAGAUCUCAAAGCUUUAACAAAAUUAUAGCAGUGUCAAUGUUGAUUUUUUGGUUUAGAAUAUUUGUAUUCAGAACAAAUGUUCCAUUAAAAGUGGGACAGGUUGGGAAAUAAUUUAACGCGUUUUGUUUGUAAUUGUCAUGUUGGAAUUGAUAAUAUAAUUCAGUUAAGUAUUAUUGUACUAAGGUAUUUGCAUACCUACAUAAAUUCAGUUUGUAUUGUCACAUUAUAUUUGCACAUUUUUUCUACACAAAUUAUUAAGAAUUACACUAUAAUAAAAAUAUAACAAUUUA